UUUUUUUUACUUAAUCGCUAAUCUUUGUGAUGAGUGGAUGACCUGAACUUUUGCGUUCCUUCUUAGAAGUACGGUGGUUCCUUCUUAGACUUAGAUGAUUACUCCGUUAUCUUCUUCACUCCAGCUAUCAAAAUAGACGCUCUUUCUAAAUUUCAACAUCCAUCAUUUUUUUUACUCUAGCUAGCUGCUCUAAGUUUCAACUUCCACCACUUUUGUUUCACACUAAGGGAAACCUGCCUUAAUAUAUCAUAGCCUUGUCUAGAAUGGAUGAGAGAAUUGAGAGGUUGAAGCAGGUUGCUCAACAUGGAAAUAUCGAUGCCUUUUACAAGUUAAUUCAGGAGGAUGUAAAGCUUUUGGAGGCUAUUGAUGAGCUACCAUUUGUUGAUACUCCUUUACACACAGCUGCAUCAGUUGGGAACGUCCCAUUUGCCAUGGAGAUGAUGAGAUUAAAGCCAUCACUUGCCAGCAAGCCAAAUCCAGAUGGGUUUAGCCCUCUUCACCUUGCUCUACUACGUGAGCAAAUUGAGAUGGUGCGUCGACUUGUACAAGUCGAUGGGGACCUUGUUCGCGUGAAAGCAAAGGAGGGUUCGACUCUUUUGCAUUAUGCAGUAACAACAGAUGAUCACCUUGAUCAACUGGUCGAAUUUCUAUCAGUUUGUCCUCAUUCUAUUGAAGAAGUGACAAUUCGAAACGAGACUGCUCUACAUAUUGCUCUAAAAUACGACAAGUUGGAGGCUUUUAAACUCUUGGUGGGAUGGCUCAGAAAAAAUAGGUCUAAAAAUUCCAUGUUUUGGGAGAGAAAAGUCUUGAACUGGAAGGAUGGAGAAGGAAACACUGUAUUGCAUGUUGCAAUAUCCAAAAAUCAGCCCCAGGCUGUAGAUCACUUAUUAGCUUCGGGAUGUGAUGUUGACGUCAACGUUAAGAAUUUAGAAGGUAAAACAGCACGGGACAUCUUUCACGAACAAACUCAAGUGGACAAACAGAUCGAGCCUUUGCUACGCCGUGCUGGAGCUAAGAAAGCUUCAUCUCUUAAAGUUACUCCUUCGGCAGAUUAUUACCUAAGGCGUAAAGUCUCACUUCCUGAGAAGUUGCGAAUACGGCGUAGUCGUCAAAAGUGGUCAAUAUCAGAUGACAAGCGCAAUGCACUUCUGGUGGUUGCUACACUGCUUAUAACAGCGACCUAUCAAGGAAUACUCAGCCCUCCUGAGGGGCUCAGGCAAGAUGACCCAAAUCCUGGAACCAUAGCACCUGUGAGUCCGUACAACAAAGAUUGGGUUGAAAGUACUACUUAUAGAGAAUUUUGGUUGGGCAUCUUCAUUAUGUUAAAUUCUGCGACGUUUAUGCUCUCAUACACAAUAAUUUUUCAGCUCAUUCCAUCUGGGUACUUUUAUGUGGUGCUCCAAGCAGCCCUUUUCUUCCUCUAUGCUUGCUAUUUUGUUUCAUGGACAGUCCUCGGGGUUUCAUAUUUGGUAUUUUUUAUGUUAGUUUUUGUUUCUUCCCUGCUUUAUAAUAUCGUGGUAGGAAUGGAUUUUUCUUCUUGGAGAAAAAGAAGGCAUAAGGCUAGUCAAUAAAAGACUGCAAGGUUCAAUGCUAAGGGGUUUCCCAAUUCGUUCCUGGAAGAAGAAAAGUAAUGGGCGGGGAUACCUCAAUAUUGGGAUGGAAGAGCUACCUCAACUCAAUGAUAUUAGAUGGAAAAAUAAAGCUGUGUGCAUCUGAAAUGUAUGUCAAAUUGUCAAUUUUUAUUUUUGUUUCUUCUCAAGCUAAGAACUUUUUAGUAUUAAAUUUAGCUUAUGUUUCUAAGGGCAUAAUUGGAGGAUUCUAAUUGAAAUCCGCACUGUCAUCUAUGCAUUAUCUAAAUUUUGAAUUUGUAAUCCAAAUGAUGUUGAUUU